AUGAAAUUCUCACUGAAACGCGUACUACUUCCUGCUAUUGGAGCACUUGCUCUUCUCCAAUGCACUGUUUCUCGUCCGUUGCUUCCCAUUGGGUCCGACGAUCUCGUUGAACGCAGCGAGGUUUAUGACAACGGCCUACUCGAGCGCGAAGCCAUUCCACUGGAGAUCCGCAACGAUGUGGUCGACACCUCGUUCGACGAGCUUGAGCGACGCGGAGGCAGAACAGCUCCGCGCAAGAGCACUCAGAUAAAGAAGGAGACAAAGGCCAACCCGUUCUCAAAAGGAAAGGGAAAGGCUGCUCCUCCUGGGGCUAAACCCAAGGCUGGAAACAAGCAAAAGGCACUGCCCAAUUCGGCUAAGCUGACGUUGGGCAAGGAUGCUCGCAAAGAGCUCGACAACUUGGGGCUCCAUGGCAAGGCGCGCAAGAACACCGUUAAGUGGCACAAGAACCAGGUGAAGCAACAUAUGAGGACCAACCCAACGUUGAAAGGCAAAGCGAAGACAGGAACCAUCGAGCACAUCGCGCACAAAGGUGGAAGUAACCCGAAGGAGAAGAAUCAUAUCACCGCAUCGUUCCGCGACAAGAACAAGAAGGACGUUCUCAACAAAUUCAACGGAGGGAAAAAUCACCACCUAUACGUGAACAACAAGGGUCUUCCACGUCAGGCAAAGGGGGCGAUGAACAAGAACAACGCAGAAAUCAAGGGCCAGUCCAAGUCGCACCAGACAUCCGUCGGUAAAACUCGCACUCCUGGGAAGAGCAGUGGUAAAGGAAAGGGCACACAGCAUGCCGGGAAGGGCUUUUCGAAGAAUUCCAACAAGGGUUUCCAGCGGAAGGGCCGUAAGUAA